AUGGAAAAACACCACAAUUAUGUAAGAAACACAGCAGAGCUUGCUACUCAAUUCAUUUAUAACCCUGCAACGAGCCAACCGAAUGUAUCAGGAUUAAUACUUGCUGGAUCAGCUGAUUUCAAGACUGACCUGAGCCAAUCCGACAUAAAUCAGUCAAGAUACUGGAAAUAUGUUUUUGGUGUCGAUGACAUGAUCUUUGGUUAUGGGAGCCGCAGAAACAUUGAUUCUACGGAAAAUUUGAAUAUAAAUCGUUAUGUGCUCAAAAACAGCACAACAAAUGAGAUUGUCAUUAAACACUUAAACAAGGAUCAGGAGGGUGACCAGAGCAACUUAAAGGAUUUAGAGACAUCUGCUGAAUUGGAGGUUCUAGACAAAGUGCUAUUGCUGGAGUGA